AUGAAUGUCCAGACCCCACUCAGACUCCUGGAACUGGCUGGAAUGAAUCUGCUGAGAGAUGAGGCCUCAGCCAUCGCUGCACUGGAGUUUCUACCCACGGAGCUCUUCCCACCACUGUUCAUGGAGGCCUUCUAUGGAAGACACAGGGAGACACUGACAGCCAUGGUGCAAGCCUGGCCCUUUGUCCGCCUGCCACUGGGGGGCCUGAUGAAUGUGCCUCACAUGGGAACUUUAAAAGCAGUGCUGGAUGGGCUUAAUGCCUUGCUUGCCCAGAAGGUUCACCCCAGGAGGUGCAAACUGCGGGUGCUGGAUUUGAGGAAUACUGGACAGUACUUCUGGAGCAUGUGGUCAGGAGACAAGGACCAUGUGUCCUCAGGCUCCCUGAUGGCACCAGUGACUGAGGACAGUUCAAGGAAAGAACAUGCCAUGGCUCCCUUGGAAGUGUUCAUAGAGCUUUGCCUCAGUGAAGCAGCCAUGGAUGAAUGCCUCCUCUACCUCCUCCUGUGGGUGGCGAGAAGAAAAGAUUCAAUACACCUGUGCUGUAAGAAGCUGAAGAUUGAGUCAAUGCCCAUAGAAAGCACUGUGCAGUUUCUGAGUAUGAUGCCACUGGACUGUCUCCAGGAGGUGCAAGUGAACUGCACGUGGCAGCUGGCCACCCUCGCCAGGUUUGCUCCUUUCCUGGGUCAGAUGAGCAAUGUGCAGAGGCUCCUCUUCUCCCCUCUUCACGUGUCUCCCUCGGAGGAGCAGGAGGAGCAGCAGCAGCAGAUGGACCAAUUUACCUCUCAGUUCCUCAGGCUGCACCACCUCCGGGAUCUCUACCUGGAAACUCCCUCCUUCCUCCAAGGUCGCCUGGACCAGAUGCUCAGGUGCCUGAAGACCCCCUUGGACACCCUCUCAAUAACUCACUUCCUGCUUAUGGAGUCAGACUUGACAUAUCUGUCCCAGUGCCCCAACAUCAGUCAGCUAAAGAGUCUGGAUCUGAGUGGCAUCAAGCUGACCAACUUUAAUCCCAAGCUCCUCAAAGAUCUGCUGGAGAAUGUUGCAGCCACCAUCCAGGAGCUUGGCUUAGAUGAGUGUGGGAUCAUGGACUCCCAACUGGAAGCCAUCCUGCCUGCCCUGAGCCACUGCUCCCAGCUCAGCUCCUUCAGUAUUCGUGGGAACCCUCUCUCUAUGGCCAUCAUUGAGAAGCUGCUGUGCCAUACUGAUGGGCUGCCCAGCUUAACUGAAGAGUUUUAUCCUGCCCCUCAGGAGAGUUAUGGCUCUCAGGGAACUCUCCACGUGGGAAGACUUGCUAAGCUUAAGGCUGAGUUGAUUGAGAUUAUGAGAACUUUAGGACGACCCAGGAUCAUCUGGCUUAGCUCCAGCCCCUGUCUUCACUGUGGUGAUGAUACAUUCUAUCACAUGGAGCUUGUUACAUACCACUGUAAUAAACGCCCGCCUCGUCUCUAA